AUGCACGUCCUCUUUUCUUGCACUUGCCUCUUUCUUGCUGGAAACUAUUUGAUUGCAUCGCAGCCAACUUGGGAAGGUCGUGGAUGGUGGAUUCCGCCGUUCAAUGGCAAUCCUGUUUGGUCAGCACUUGUCGCAUUCAUACCAGCUCUUCUUGCAUGUAUCCUAAUCUUUAUGGACCAACAGAUUACCACUGUUAUAGUGAACCGAAAGGAAAAUAAGCUCAAAAAGGGUUGCGGUUAUCAUUUGGAUUUGUGUGUUUUGGCUUUUUUGAUACUUGUGGUAGGUGCACUCGGACUGCCUAUCUAUGUGGCUGCCACUGUUCUUUCAAUAAAUCAUGUUAAUUCGCUGAAACUCGAGUCCGAAUCAAGGGCACCGGGUGAAGUUGCUCAGUUCAUUGGCGUUCGGUAAAU